AUGCAUAGAGGGGUGAAGGCUGUAACCUUGAUGGGAACGAUGAAUGAAAGGCCACCGUGGUCUAAGACUCUUUUACCAACUCCAACCAACCGAGCAUCAUCUGGAAAGAGUGGUUGUGGUGAUGUAUAUUUUAUGGUUCUUGGUGGAUUUCGGGCAUUCCGUGUCAUGAACUGA